AUGGCAUCCAUACCUAGACGAAGCGAUUGGAAAAAAGAUAAAUAUAAUAUAAGUCUUUUAAUAUUUCUUUAUUUAUUACAAAGUGUUCCAGUUGGUAUAGCUGGAUCAAUACCUUUAAUUAUUCAAACAUACGGUACUAGUUGGUCUCAACAAGCAGUAUUUUCAUUUGCUUUUUGGCCAUUUAGUCUUAAACUUAUUUGGGCACCAAUUGUUGAUGCAUUAUAUAUAAAACGAUAUGGUCGAAGAAAAACAUGGCUUAUACCAGUACAAUAUGUAACUGGAUUGGUUAUGAUUGUACUUUCAUAUCAUAUUAAUGAUAUAUUACUUGCAACAAAAAUAUCAGCAAAUAAUCAACCACAUAUUUAUUUUCUUACAUUAAUUUUUUUUUGUCUAUCAUUUCUUGUUGCUACCCAAGAUGUAUGCGUUGAUGGUUGGGCACUUUCAAUGCUUUCAAGAGAAAAUAUUCGUUGGGCAAGUACAUGUACUUCUGUUGGUCAAGUAGCUGGAUAUUUUUUGGGUAAUGCUGUUUUCCUUACAUUGGAAUCGAAAGAUUUUACAAAUCGUUAUAUACGACGACCAUUAAAUAUGGAAAUGCAAUCAAUUGGAUUAAUCACAUUAUCUGGUUUUCUUCUAUUCUGGGGAAUCAUUUUUAUAAUAUCAACAACAUUAAUUGCUUUAUUAAAACAUGAAAUUGAUGAAAAUUAUGAUUUACAUGAACCUCAUUUUGGUCUUAUUGAAACAUAUAAAGUUCUUUUAAAAAUUUUUCGUCUACCAUCAAUUCAAUCUAUUGCAGUGAUUUUAUUAACAGCUAAAAUAGGUUUUGCUGCAACAGAUGCAAUGACUGGAUUAGAAUUAAUUGAACGUGGUGUUACAAGAGAUUCAUUAGCUUUAUUAGCAAUACCAUUAAUACCAUUACAAAUUAUUUUACCAUUUCUUAUAUCAAAAUAUACAACUGGAACAAAACCAUUAAAUAUUUAUAUUAAAUCAUAUCCAUAUCGAUUAGUUGUAGGUAUAAUUAUGGCUAUAUUUGUUUAUUAUACAUCAAAAUUUCAAAAUUAUGAUAAAACAUUUCCGUGGUAUUAUUAUACAUUAGCUAUAUUUAUUUAUAGUAUAUAUCAAAUAUUUGUAUGCAUUAUGUAUGUUUCUCAAAUGGCUUUUUGUGCUCAAGUUAGUGAUCCUAAAAUUGGUGGAACAUAUAUAACAUUACUUAAUAUAUUAUCAAAUCUUGGUAAUCAUUGGACUUCAACAACUGUUUUAUAUGCAGCUGAUUAUUUAACAUGGAAAAAAUGUUCAUUAGAUAGUACUCAAUGUGAAACAACGAUUGAAGAAAAAAAUUGUCAGACAUUAGGAGGUGUUUGUCGUCCAUCUAUAGAACCGUAUUUUAUUGAAAUAAUUAUAUGUACUAUAGCAGGUAUUAUUUGGCUUCUAUGGAAAUAUCAAACAAUAGUACAUUUACAAUAUUUAUCGAUUAGUGCAUGGCAAAUACGAAAUAAUCGUUCGAAAAGUCAGUUAUUACAGAAGGAUGAUGAAUCAUCGUCAGUAAUUACUGCAUGA